GGCUGUUUCAAAAGACUUCUCAAAUAGCACAGACGUGAUCUCAGCAUACCAUUCUCUCUUUUGUCAUCGUUGGGUUUGUCCAGCAACCAUUUGCUCCACUCUGCACAGCUACAGGCUCCUAAAUGUUCAGCCAGUUUAGUUUUUUUUCCUGUGGUGUUUAUUUGAGAAAGUGCGAUAUGCAUGCUCAACACAACAAGGCAUAACACGGGAUAUGCCUUCGGGAGCUGCGGUAUCAACACUUAUUCCUAAGGUCAAGAUGAGGUAGCCCUCAAGUGACGUGGGAGGGGCCUCGAAUACUGCCCUCUCAUCAAAGCCCAGUGAAGAAGAAUGGCCACUCGACGUGCUCAUCUGGAGGAUGACCUUUCCUGUCCAAUCUGUGGACAUAUUCUCACUCAGCCAGUGGUCCUCACUUGCAGACACAGAUUCUGUAAAGCCUGUCUAAAAGACAGCUGGGAGACACAAGGCAGCGAGGAUUCGCACCACUGUCCUCUGUGUUGGCGCCGUUCCUCUAUGGAUCAAAUCGUGGUGAGCUCUGUGCUGGAGAAGUCCUGCGAAUCCUUCAAGAUGAAAAGAAGCAUGAAUGACCCAGAAGCUUGUAGGGAGCAUGGGGAGAAGCUCACAUUAUUCUGUUUGGAGGACUUGGAGCCAAUCUGUGGGUUAUGUGGGAAAGCAGCUGCACACACUGGGCACAGGCUCUAUCCCAUUCGGGAAGGUGCUCAUGACUGUAAGGAGGAACUAAAGAAUGCGCUCCUGCCUUUGAAAGAGAAGUUGCAGCAGUACAAGAAGGCGAAAACGGUCUGUGAAGAAAUGGCAGAACAUGUCAAGAACCAGGCUGAACAUACUGAAACACAGAUCAAGGCGGAAUUUGAAGCCCUUCACCAUUUUCUGAAGGAGCAGGAGGCUGCCAGACUCUCUGCUUUAAAGGCAGAACAGGACCAGAAGAACCUGAUGGUGAACCAGACUUUUGAGGAAAUGAACGAUGAAAUUGCAUCUCUCUCCAACACCAUCAGAUUAGUGGAACUGGAGAUGACUUCUCAAGACAUCCCAUUUCUUAAGAAUUACAAGGAAACAAUUAAGAGAACCUGGCGACCUUCCCUGGAUCAAGAACUGAUUUCUGGUGCUCUGAUUGAUGUGGCCAGGCACUUGGGCUCGUUGAAGUAUAAAGUGUGGGAGAAGAUGAAGAAAAUCAUUAAAUACAAUCCUGUGAUAAUCGAUCCAAACACAGCAGCUAGCUGCUUUGUCAUCUCAGAGGAUCUCACAGUUGUGCAGAACUCGACCCAGAUCUUCAAGCUGCCAGACAACCCAGAACGCUUUGACAUCAGUGCUGAGAUGCUGGCUGCUGAAGGCUACACCUCUGGACGCCACAGCUGGGAUGUGGAGGUGAAGGAAAACACCUACUGGGUGGUGGGAGUGGCCAGUGAGUCUAUCAACAGGAAGGGCAAGCACGUGCUGACACCAGCAGAGGGAUUCUGGACUAUAAGGUUUCGCAAUGGAGAGCAUAAGGCCUGCACUGCACCAUGGGAGCCACUGAACAUGACUAGGAAGCCAGAAGUAGUUAGAAUAGUUUUGGACAUGGACAGAGGCAAGGUGACCUUUUACGACCCUGGAGAGAGAACACCCCUCUACACCUUCACAGAGAUCAUCACACCCAGAGCCUAUCCCUACUUUUGUACUGCCUGCAAAGAGCAUCCACUGAAAAUCUUACCCACUAGGAUACUGUUGGCAAUGGACUAGUUAAUGGACUAAUUAACACUGGAGAUAUAGUGCCAUUGUUUGCAUAAAAAUCAUCCAAAAUUUGUUUUUUAUUAAUGAAUGACAUGAAACAGACAUGUUUUAAAAUAUUUAAUUUGAGUUAGCUUCAACAGAAUUGUUGUCUGGAUAUUGAUCUGAAAUUGUAUAUAGCUUUAACACCCAUAUAUUACUACACUGAUAAGUUUGUACAUAAAACGACAGUCACUUUGUGUGACUCAGCUUUGCACGAAAAAAAAAAAAUCACUACUGUGAUUUCCACAAUCUGUUGAGCUCCUUUCCAUGAAAUGCAUUUAAAAACUGAAACACGGAUCCGUCGUUUCAUAUAAGGCACAUACAGUAAGAACUUGCGUGUAUUUGCAAACCUGUGCCAGUGUUCUUCGGAGGUUCAGAUAUGACAAGUGAGAUUAGUUUUCUAUUGCAUUAAAACUAAGACUCUAUGGUUAGUGUUUGAUCUAGUAGCCACAUGUAUUGCAUGUUCAAGUCUUGUCUUUCAGCUUAAUCCAAACAAACAUCAGUAACUUCAUAGCUUCACACUCAAGUAUUGCUUAAACCUACAAAGAAUUAUCCUUGCAGCACUUUUCAUAAAUGGGUAUAUACCCAGUAACAGCUUGACCUGAUUCUACCUUUGCUGUCCUAACACUACUUUCACAUGUAUCCUGUUUCAGUUGGGUUGUGGGAGAAACCCACUGCAUGUGCGGUGAUGCUCAAAGGCUUGAGGUGUUCAUUUAAUAAUUAUAACAUGUUAUUAAAGGGAGUAAAUGCCCUCACA